AUGGCACAGCAACAAUAUCAAGUGGAUGGAGAAAGAUUCUGCUGUUCGAUCUGUAUGGAUCUUCUGAAGGAUCCGGUAACUAUUGGCUGUGGACACAGCUACUGUAUGAGCUGUAUUAACCCCUACUGGGACCAACAGGUUAUGACAGGAAACUACAGUUGCCCCUAUUGUAGAAGGAUCUUCACACAAAGGCCUGUCCUGGUGAAAAGCACCAUGUUAGCUGAUUUAGUGGAGGAGUUGAAGAAGACUGGACUCCAAGUUGCUCCUGCUGAUCACUGCCAUGCUGGACCUGAAGAUGUGGCCUGUGAUGUCUGCACUGGGAGAAAACUGAAAGCUCUCAAGUCCUGUUUGGUUUGUUUGGCCUCUUAUUGUGAAAAACACCUCCAGCCUCAUUUUCAAUCACCUUCAUUUGAGAAGCACAAGCUGGUUGAGUCCUGCAAGAGGCUCCAGGAGAACAUCUGCUCUCGUCACAAUGAGGUGAUGAAGAUGUUCUGCCGCACUGAUCAGCAGUGUAUCUGUUAUCUCUGCUCUAUGGAUGAACAUAAAGGCCACAAAACAGUGUCAGCUGCAGAAGAAAUGACUGUGAGGCAGAGAGAGCUUGGCCUGAUGAGACAAACAAUCCAGCAGAGAGUCCAGGACACAGAGAAAGAUGUGAAGCUGCUUCAACAUGAUGCGGAUGCCGUCAAGAUAUCUGUUGUUGACGAAGGGAGACAGAAAAUCCGCUGGCGUCCUGUCACAGACAGCGCCCUCUCCGGCUCAUUUGCCUCCCCGGUCCCCACACCGAGCUUCCCCUUUCAGGGCUGUCGCCUCUCACCAGCUGUGAUUGGAUGUAAGGGUUCACCAAACCUGGCCCGCAGGGGGCCCCUGGGCGGAACAGCCAUGUCCUCUACACAGAUAAGUGAGAUGAACUGUGUUCCGAACUUUGAAGCCGCCUCCGGUACUGAAACGGCCGAUCAGAAGUUGAUGUUGCUAGCUGGGGAACAGAAACGUUGA